CGCAGCGAAGUGGCAGAGAGUAGACUAAGUGUCUUGAUUUUACCUGUGACUUGACUCACGUAUUUGUGUUUUCCUCUUCCUUCAACCUGCCCUCGCCGUCUCCUGUGGGCGUACCGUGGGCGUCCCUCUCACCAUGACCGACACCGCUCCGCCGCCCGCGCCCAUCGCCAUCCCCACGACUGCGGCCAACGGCGGGCCCCCUUCCGGCAACCCCCCGACGCCGCCCACGCCCGUGAUGGACAUGACGCCCUCCACGUCGCCGUCGUCGUCGCCCACCGCCACCACGCCCACAACGCCCCAAUCCACCACCUCGGGCAUCUCGGGCAUCUCCACCACCUCCACCACCAACAAUAACAACAACAACUCCAACGCCUCCACCGUGUCACCCAACUGCUCGCCGACAUUAGCCUUGCAGAGCAAGCGCGAGAUGUUCUUCAAGAGUGACGGCAGCAGCGGCGGCGGCUCUGGAGGAGGAGGCGCCCCCCUGGCUGCCCCCUCGACCGCCCCUCCCGCGCCGCCCGUCACCGCGCCCUCGACCGCGCCGCCGCCACCCCCCAGCGCCAACAGCGCCCCCGCCGCCGCGCCCGCCAACGUCGCCUCCAUCAAGGAACAGCUUCUCACCACCAAGGAGCGGAAAGAACACAAAGAUGAAGAAAACAAAGAGGUUCCCGGCGGCGGAGGAGGCGGAGGGCGGAGAGCGGAGGGUAGCGGCGCUCGCGGGCAUCGAGGAGAGAGAGGAGGAGGAGGAUCCAACAAGCUGGUGAAGGAGCUGGUGAAGGAGAGGCGGCCGCGGGAGGUGGACGGCUACGUCGGCUUCGCGAACCUGCCCAACCAAGUGUACCGCAAGGCCGUCAAGAAGGGCUUCGAGUUCUCCCUCAUGGUCGUCGGCGAAAGCGGCCUCGGCAAAAGCACGCUAAUCAAUUCCAUGUUCCUGUCUGACAUAUAUUCCAACGACCACCCGGGACCUUCUCACAGAGUCAAGAAGACGGUGCAGGUGGAGACCACGAAGGUUCUGCUGAAGGAGAACGGCGUUAAUCUGAUGCUAACGGUAGUCGACACACCUGGGUUUGGCGACGCCGUGGACAAUAGCGAUUGCCCUUCAUGCCCUCAGAGGAUAGUGAACAGUUAUGUUGCGAUGAAUAUUUUAAGUGCAAGUCUCACUCUUGGUUUAUGUGAAAGGAUAUCAGUUAACAAAACUGGUGGGAGCAGAAAUCUUGUGAAAAAGAAAGAACAGAGAGUUAGCUUGGAGAUCUUUAGUACUAUCCCAGUACCUUGUGUCACCAUAGAUGUCAUUCAGUCAAAUUGUGAGAGGGUCUCAGAAUUUGCAAACUCUUCUAGGAACCCACUGGCGCAGAUGGAGGAGGAAAAGAACGAGCACACCAACCGCAUGAAGAAGAUGGAGGCAGAGAUGGAGCAGGUCUUCGAGAUGAAGGUCAAGGAGAAAAUGGGAAAACUGAAUGAGCUAGAGCAAGAUCUACAAAAACGUAACGAGAGUAUGCGCAAGAAGCUCGAGUCAGAUACCUUAGAAUUAGAAGAAGAACGGGAACGGUUUGAGCGAGAGAGGAAGGCCUGGGAAGCUGCCAAUAACAUCACCGUGGAGGAAUUGCACCGGAAGUCUUUAGAAUCCAUCAGUAGAGAGCAUGUGGAUGGGAAAGAGAAAACCAAAAAGAAGAAGGGGCUGUUUUAAAGCCACAGUUGCCAGUUCAUAAAAGCUCAUAUUACCACUUGAAGCACCUGCACACCCUCACCUGCCUCAACCUCAGUCCCUUUAAAGAUUACAUAGUCAUCUCAUUUGCUUUAAUUGAUUGCCUUUGAAUUUCGUUGGGACUGUAAUCAUCUUUUUGUUUUUAAUAAUUUUUUUUUUUUUUUUUUUUUUCUUUUUAGAACAUUGUUCUCAUAUUUUUUGAAUGAAUAAAAGAAAGUAUUCACUAUAACAUUUGAGAUUGGCUUAGUCUUACAGGGGCAGGCAGUGUUCCUCUUGGUCAAAAGAUUAUGGUUGUCUUUCCCAUAACCCCCACUGCAACUUUGACAUCCUCCUGUAAAGUCAUUCUUUAAGGUUGUUCACAAAAGAAGACUCAUGUAUAUCCAUUUUUCCAUAUCAGGUUUUGUCAAAGUGUGGGGAUUCGAAGGGGAACAAAAAGUACAUUUUCUUCACAUGGCUUUCCAAUACCAGUCUUUAUUUACGUGGUUGGAUUAACCGUAUGAAGUGAUGACCAUAAUCUUCCCCCUCCCCCCCUCCCCUUUCAAGUCAUAGAUAUCAGUAUCAUCAUCCCUUUCAAAACUGCUCUGUAGUGGCACAUAUUCCAUUGACCAGCCAAAGGAUAAGCCCUCCUGUCAUGUAAAUGCUGUCUGGGAGUAAUUUUGUAAAAUAUGUGAUGGAUCCCUUGUGUAAUGAUUAUCUGAUAUCAGAUCCCUAAAGCGGCAUGAAGUAAACGAGAAAUGGGGACUCUCAAAGAUUUUUUUUUUUUUUUUUUCUCAGUAUAUUUUUUCUACUUUUUCUAUUCUUGUAUUUAAUGAUUUCCUUUAUUCUCUUAAUUAUGCUCUUCAUUUCACACAUACACUUAAAAUUGGACAUUUUUAAGUACAUUGGUGUGAGAUGUUUUGUUUUGAGACACAGUAGUUGUAAUAUGUGGAGUGUCUUCCCUGGCUGGCCAUCACGCUGUCAAGUAUGAGAGGUACAGGAUGUGACUACUUUGCAGUGUUUUGUUUUAUAUUGUAGUUCCUAAGGGAAAUAAAGAUUGAUCAUUUUCUGGAGACUCUUUGAGAUAUUAAGGUGGUGAAUUAUACCUAGCUAAUGGUAAUUGGUUUUAACUCAUUUGUAAAGUGGAAAUAGUGGCUUCUAAUGUAAGGAAACACUCACUUUGUAUACUCAUUUGAUUACCCUUCUUGAUAGACUAAACUACCUUAUAGUUGAAGACAUUCAGAAAAAUCUGGAAAAUGCAGUUCACAUUAUCACAUUACCAACACCAGGAGUCCCUUCAUAUGCUUCAUGAGCAUUGGUGUCAUGGCCAUGAGAGGAUGCCAUAUGGAAGGAAAGUGGUAAUAACAGUAAAGAGUCACAUCCCUGCAAACUGUACAUACUGUACUUAAAAUUAUAAGAGUUUAACGUUUAUGUAAACAUUGGGUAUUACAUACAGUGUUAAUUAUGUAUUGUUUUUUGUAUUGUCUUUAUACUCUUUAUGUUUUGUUAGAUUGGAUAUAGUUAACAUCUAUUUACUAGUCGUUUCCAUUAUUUUCUCUCUCUCUCACUCUCUUUAUAAGGCAUAUUCAGUUUAUUGCUAGGCCCACUGCCAUAGAGCUGUAAAUAAAAUGUACAAUGAGAGCAGACCUGAACAAACUGCAUCAUUCAGAAUCAUUUUUAAUCUUCUGUAUUUAUCUUUAUGUAAAAGUGUGUGCUUUACUGAAAUGGUCUGAGAGAUUUGUAAUAUACAGAUAGUCAUUCUUCUUCAUCUUUAGUUUAUCAUCUUUCAUUUACUUACAAAAUUGUUUUCCCAGUAUUACUGUGCAUCAGCACUGCAUAUCUGAUAUCACAUAAGACCAUAAUUGUAUAGUGAAUGUCCUCUAAUAUUCUUGAUAAGGGCAGUCACAGAAAAGGAUUGUCAUUGAGGACGGCAAGUUAACCAGUCUAGCUGCUUUGAAAAUGUAGGUGCAUUUUUCAUACAUUUCUCUUGAGAUGGUGUGAUAAAAUUUUAAAAAGGAAAGUGAACUGCCUUACUAAAAACUCUCCUGUAAGAGUAAGAUAUGAGACAACACAGUACUGCCUUUAUUGUAUGUCGUCAGUGUGUCAUAUGAAAUAUGGAGUUAAUCUUUUAUAGUCAAAUAAAUACGCUAUGAUGCAUCUCUUUCUCUCUGGUUAAGGCAUGUCAGCAGUGUAAUUUUGUAUAGAUUAAUAUCAGUAAAUGUCAUGUGUCA